AUGGAGGGACGAGUGAGAAAGUACGGACAUCACCAUCAACAAUUGAGUCCUGAUAGAGCUAAAGUCUGGAAGGAGAGGUCUCCUAGGUAUCAGCAACGGCAACCUGAGCCGGAGCCGGAGCUAGAGCUACGUCAGAAGAGUCGGAAAGUCCCUGUGGUUUACUAUCUCUGUAGAAAUCGACAACUUGAACAUCCUCACUUCAUCGAAGUUCCUCUUACGUCAUCAGAGGGUCUUUUCUUAAGAGACGUAAUUGAAAAACUUAAUGUUCUCAGAGGAAGAGGCAUGGCGUCAACAUACUCAUGGUCUUGCAAGAGGAGUUACAAAAAUGGAUUUGUCUGGCAUGAUCUUUGUGAAGAUGACCUAAUUCUUCCCGCUAAUGGCAAUGAAUAUGUUCUCAAAGGCUCUGAACUCGUUGAAGAAUGUAAUUCAGGUCGUUUCACACCUCCCAUAAAACUACAAGCCCUAAAACAAUUACCAGAACCACCAUCUUCAAGAAGUCAAGAUGACUCAUCAUCUUCAACAAGCAUGAGUGGUGUGUCCCCUGAAUCAAGAGGUGAAAAAUCCACAACAUCAGGUGGUUGUCUAAGCUUAACAGAAUACAAAAUCUACAAAACCGAUGGUCUUGCAGAUGCUUCAACUCAAACAGACGAAAACAUAAAAGGUAACAAUAACAAUAACAAUAACAUUAACAAACCCCAAGAAACAUGCACACGUGGCGUUUCAACUGAUGACAUGGCAGUAGACUCAUCUCCUCAAAACCUUAAACAAAACCCCGAGAUACAACCAGGCCCAUCUCCACCUUCUUCCUCCACAAGCUCUUCAAUUGGAAAAACAGAAACUUUAGAGUCUUUAAUAAAAGCUGAUGCUAGUAAGUUAAAUAGUUUUAGAAGACCAGAAAUUCAAAGCAACACAAAGCUUAGGGCUACAGAUAUGUUGAUGCAAUUGAUUUCAUGUGGGUCAAUUUCGGUCAAAGAUCACAGCUUUGGGUUAAUCCCAUCUUACAAACCAAGAUUUUCAGAUUCAAAAUUCCCAUCUCCUUUGUUUUCAACAUCUGUAAUGUUGGGGGAUCUUGAUUGUUUGCCUGAAAAUCCAAGAUUUAUGAGUAUGAGAUUAGAAGAUAAAGAAUACUUUAGUGGGAGUUUAGUGGAAACAAAAGUCAUCAAAGAAGAAGGCGUCCCUACUUUAAAAAGAUCAUCUUCCUACAAUGCUGACAGGAGUGAAAAUAGCGAUCAAGUUUCAGAAACAACACGUACAAAGUGUAUACCAAGAUCACUCAAGGGUAAAAACGUAAAAAGUGAACCGAUGAGAUCUCCUAUUUCUGAUGGGCCUAGAAUUUCAUCAGAAGGCCCAAGUUCAAGAAUUGUGUCACCUUGCCCUUCGAAUUGCAGUAGUAAAAGAAUGACAACCAAGAAACAAUCAGGAAGAUUGGAGUCUUUUCGGGAAGAGAAGGAUAAUAUGGUCAAAAUCGAAGAAAGCUGGCUUCAGGAGCUAGGGUUAUAAUUCAUUCAGAAGCACCAUGUGAUACAGAAAUUUACUCGUAAGUUUGUUGAAAUUCUUGUUGUAUUCAAAAUUGUUGUCUGAUUUAGGCAAUUAGAAUUCUUCCAUGGGUAUUUUGGUAAAUUGGGUCUGUGAAAAAAUUUGAAAAAUAUCCAAGAAAAAAAAGGUGGGAGUAAUUUAAGGAG